AUGAACAAAGCUUUAGUUCUUUCCCUCUUCUUGGGAUUAUGUGCUGCUAGUCUCAAUUAAGGUUGGUAUUAUCCAAACAGUGAUGGAUCUUACGAAACAAUCGUCGAUGAAGACUUCGCCGGAUUAGCUUAUUAACUUCAAGCUGAUGCUGGAUAUGGUUCCAUCUACUACACAGAAAACAGCCCAGACGUGCACGCUAAGGUUCAUCUUGCUCACUUCUGGCAUCAAGAAUGGGCAUUCUUCUUCUUUCCAUUUUACUUUGAGCCAUACACCCAAGGCAUCAGCUGGGUUAGACCAGAGUCUGGAGAUAAAUUCCACGUAUAUGCUAAAGGAGAAAAAUACCUUAGACUCUUAGCUUUCGUUACUUUCUAAAAGGAAAAUAUGGAAACAUUUGAGACCUCAAUGGUAGACUACCUUGAAGACGAUAACUAUUCUCCUUAUCCUAAACAACUUGUCUAUGAUGCAGACUAUGUUUAAGAAUAAGAUGACGCAUACUGGAAAUACAAUUUUUCUUAGAAACUCAAGCUAGGAGAUUUCUUGACUAAUGCAAACAAACCUUGGUAUGACUGGAAACAACUUUUCUGA